GUAGCUGCCAAUCAGCCAGUGCCGGCACCCCUUCCCCUCAGAGCACCAUGCCCAGGCGGCCUGACCCCGCAGCCAUUGGCGUUAUCAACUCUGACCUGGCUGUCUGUCAUCUGGGAUCCCGUCCAGCCCAGUUCCAUCCACUCAGGCACAUAACCUCGAAAUGCCCGAGCAUGCCAAUGACAAGGCCGUACCGGCCUUCAACAGUCUCCCUCUCCGGAAGGGUGACCCUCCGUACUCGGCCUGGGGGCUUUGGGGCGAGGGUGAUAACAUAGGGGCAUUGAACUGGCUGUCUCAACAAGUAGUGAGGGACGCCGCUGCCGAAAUUCGUGAGGGACUGCGGUUCAGCUUGAAUUGGGAGGUCGGAAAGCCCACAACACCCGCCUUUGCCAGGUACAAGGACGCCUACGAGCACUCCAUCAAGCUCCUGGGAUGCGUUGCGGAUGACGUCAUCACCUUCAACACGCAGAGGAGCUCUCAGUGGGAUGGCCUGCGCCAUUUUGCCUAUCAGAAGGAGCAGCUCUGGUACAAUGGUGCUACCCUGGAAGACAUUGUUGAUCUUGAGGCACGAAACUCACGCCUGGGCAUGAACUGGUGGCACGAGGCAGGAGGGGUUGCUGGCCGUGGGGUUCUGAUCGAUUAUUGGUCGUGGGCCGCCGCCAACGGGAAGCAGUACGACGCGGUCAGGCCACACGCCAUCGCCUAUGACGACCUCAUGGCCUGCUUCCAGUGGCAGCAAGAACAGUCCCAAGAGUCCCUGCAGCUGAGGACCGGCGAUAUCUUACUGAUACGCUCGGGGUAUCAUGUUCGCUAUGCCGAAUUGGGGGCCGAUGAGGAGAGAGAAAUCGGUGAGGCGUGGCCGGCCGCGUCUGCCGGUGUGCACCAAGACCUGAGACUACUAAAGUGGCUCUGGGAUAGUUGCGUCGCGGCUGUCGGUGGUGACUCGCCGGGCUGGGAGGCUUUCCCGACACAUGACAAGGCCGGGUUUACAUUCCACGAGGUCUUGCUCGCCGGCUGGGGCUGCCCUAUCGCGGAAUUGCUCUGGCUCGAGGAUGUCGCUACUUCAUGCCGCGAGCGUCGACGGUGGACCUUCUUCCUAAGUUCUGCGCCCCUCAAUGUCCAUGGUGGUGUGGGUAGCCCUGCCAACAUGUUGGCAAUCGCAUGA